GUCAACGUUGACAUAAAUUUCAGUGUUUCUGUUAAUUAUGUGUUCUGUAAAGUUUUCAAAAUGAAUGCAAUUAUUUAAGAAUAUAUAUAUGACUAGUAGAAUAUUUUGAUACAUUAUAAAACUUACCAAGAUGAAAUUAUAUAACGCAAAAGUAGUAGACAUACUUCGGUUGCAUCAAAAGGACGAAGAAUUCUUGAAUGGAGUUCAAAGUGACAUACAUUCCAUUUUAAAGCAUACUGGUCCCAGGAACUAUUAUAAAUUGAGCAAAAGUGUACCGACAAUAGCAAAUGUAUGGUAUUAUUGUAUGACAACCCUAGGAAAUCUGCAAACACUUGGCGAAGAGUACACUGGCACAAUAAGGGUUGGCAGUGAUGGGAAAAUACCAUCCAAAACAUUACAGGUAUUGUGGCUCAUACUUUAUGUUGGUGGUGAUCCUUUGGUAGAACGACUUUUGAGUCAUUCAAAACAAAAGAUCAAAAACUCGACCACAAUUACAAAAGAUGCCAAAGAAUUCCUCAUAGUAUGUUUGGAUUUUUUUAAAAAAGAGAAAGUUACAUUAAGAAGUAUUCACAAUUCAUUAUUCUAUAUGGAUGGAGCAUUUUAUAAUAUCUCUAACAGACUUACAGGAUUAAGAUAUGUACUUUUAAGAGACUGGCUGCAAGACAAUUCAUACACAACUAGCUUCAAACUUUUAGGAAACAUAUCCUUAUUCUAUGUUUUGUACAAUUUCAUCUCAAGACUUUUUUCACCAAUCAAAGAGGAAACAGAAUUUGAGGAUAUUGAACAAGCAAACAUAUGUGAUAAAGGCUGUCUUUUGUGUGGUCAGAAAUUGAAAUCACCUAGUACCACUCCUUGUGGACACAUUUUCUGUUGGAGCUGCAUCUAUGAAUCCUUGGAAUAUCAACAUGUAUGUCCCAUAUGCAGAGAGACUACAAAACCUAGUCGAAUUGUACUGUUGCAGAACUAUGGUUAAUUUUCUUGUGAUAUACAGGGUGUCCAGAAAUAAAGGGUUAUGCUGCAACUGCAAAUAGAUCACAUCAUGACAUACUAUAUGGCACAAUUUUGUUUAAAUAAAAGCCUUCUUUUCAAGAUUUUCAACAUUUAAUUUAUUUUUUUAAAACUGGC